AUGGAUUACUCGGAGGCUGUGCACGCACUCAUGAGCGCGAGUGGCAAGAGGGGCAAGAAGGGCAAACAGAGAGUAAUACUUGGAGGAAAAUCAGAUUCAGAGGAGCUCAGCGAUCCUGACGAGAAAACUUCAACAAUGUCUACCUAAGACAAGAAGAAAGAUCUCCCAACUUUUGAGUAAGUCUAAAAACAAGUAUCUUACCUCAACGCUAACUUCUUUCAGAACCUCACAGCCCAUCGUUGUGGUAAAAGUCAGUUUGGAUGAUAGCAGCAAAGAAUUUCUCGUCCACCAAUCAUUCCUCUGCUUCUACUCACACUACUUCACCGCUGCACUCGAAGGCCCAUUUCAAGAGGGACAAAGCCAGACAGUUCACCUCGAAGAAAUGUGCCCAACCGCGUUCUCAAUCUUCGUCAACUGGCUCUACUGCCAGCGAAUCGAACGUAGCAACAAAGAGCCACUCCUACGCGAAAACCUUCUCGAGUUAUGGCUCCUGGCAGAUCGGUUGAAUAUCCCCAGACUCCAAAAUGAGGCCAUGUCGAUCCUUGGCGCGGACGCGUUUCCGGAUACUGAUGAUAUACACGGCAUUGAAUUAUGUCGAAAGUUUGAGCGCAUGUACGACAACACCAUGGAUGACAGCCCGCUACAAAGGUUCUUUCUUGAUCGGUUGACCUGUCAAACUAAUGUUAAAUUGGUACCUGAACAAAAUGUACCAAAGCAAAUGCUCAUGGACAUGCUUAAUCUUGCGAGACCAGAUCUUGAACCAUACUAUGGACACGAUGAGUAUAGGGUACGUACAAAUUUCUUUGUGGAAGAAAAAUAAGGUACCAUACUUCACAUUCCCCAAAGCUAGACUUGGAGAUGUGGGCGACGUAG